UGAAAUGCACGUGUCGGCCAAGAGUUCACCUGAUUGGUUGCUCUGCUUGUUCUUAAUCAGAGCAGUCUGUGCUCAACCUGUUGCUUUCUUUGAACCUCCUGGAAAAUAAAAACAAAACCUCGGUGGUCUGGAACUCAUAACCCGGUUGGAGAGAGAAUAAAUGGCACCGAGCAGGCGUCAUGGAGCCAAAAAGCAACAGCCCCUUCCAACCCUUGAGAGAAAUGGGUCUUGCAGAGUCGAUCAGAAAGAUUCUGGAUCUAAACUCCCCUGAGGAGGACGAAGCGCGUCAGUCCCAGUCUGAACAUUUCAGGCGGGGUUUAAUGUCGUUAAGCGUGAAUGAACUCGUGGACAGGGAGUCCUCUCCUGCUGCUCGGAAUCCACAGGUCGCACCGGAAUCAGCCGGCACCGAUUCCUUUCAGACACCGACGAUGAAUCGCGUCAGGCGGCGCCCCAAGGACCGAAAGAAGACUGCGUCUCGUCGCGGGGCUCCAGCUCCACAGCCGCCUGCAGAGCGCCAUCCUCCUCCUCCUCCAGCGCGCAUGUUCUGCAGCUUCUGCAAACAUAACGGUGAAUCCUUGCUGAUUUACGGAUCCCACUGGCUGAAGAACCAGGCAGGGGAGGUUGUGUGUCCCUACCUGAGGCAGUAUGUGUGUCCUCAGUGUGGCGCCACGGGGGCCAAAGCCCACACCAGGAGGUUCUGUCCUAAAGUGGACCCUUUUUACACGUCUGUCUACACUAAGACCAGACGCUAAUUCAUUUAUUUCUUUUAAUAAUCCAGCAUGUUUUUUUACUUUUGUGUGUUGCUUGCUGUGUCUGUUUUUUUUUUUUUUUUGCAUGUUUUCUGCUUGAAGUGAUUUUCGUUCUAAAGCAUUUUUAAGAUAAUGCUGUUUGUUUGUAUAAAUAUUUUUUUGUAAUGGCAUGAAUAAUGACUGCAAGAUGUUUUUUGGGGGGAGAGGGAGGAAAAGGAAAUGUUGCAGUUUUGGAGCACAGCCAGCAAAUGUCCAGGUUCACACAUCUAUAUGCAUGGAAAGACUUUACAUGAUAAUUUUGGGGGAUUGUAGUUGUAUCAAUACCUUUUCCACAAUGUGACCAUGGCAGUAUAUUUCAAGAUUUUAAUGACUGACCUUUUGUUUUGAUUCUUGAAGCAGCAGUGAUGCCAGCAAUGCGUUACUUUAUUGUACCUACUUUUUUAAUAUAUAUAAAAA